GCAACCUCAUCAUCAUAUUAUUGUGAUAACACGACGCUUUCUGUUGUUGCAUUCACCUCAGGUUUUACAUUAUAUAAAUUUCUGCUUCUCAAUCUCAGAACUAGUUAUAUUCACAGUAUCAGGUACUGGCACGCUGCGUGGAUCCCUCUGGCAUUUUGCCGUGCUGGGGCCCCACACUCUCCGGCUGUGAGCAUAUUGCUUCAAAGCAAUAUCAUUAUCGGUCGAAAUAGACGAGGAAUAUUGUUGAGAUAGAUCUCAAAUGGAGGACAUAUUCGAUGCCUCGAAAGUGACUAAGGUGGAUGACGGCGAUACCACAUUACAGCCACAUGCCUUCGACGGGGAUCAACUUUCAUCUACUUUUGUGACUGCGGAAAUUCCUGCCGAUGUGACUGACUCUCUUGAGCACCCGGACGAUGAAUACCCUAGAGAUGGCAGCGAUGUGAACUAUGGAUACAAUUCUUCCUCUUCUUCUCGUCUUUCCGGUCGCGACUCGCUCGAAGAUGACUUGAGUGAUGACGCGCCUCAUGUACAAUCCGCAGCGUCUAGUCGUUCUUCGAUUUCAUCAAUUCCUGAAUCUGUCCUCAUCCAUCCGACGGAUUAUGCCCCGACGCCUACUACUUCGGACUCAAAAAGAACAGGCAAUGGGCAUGCUACUGCCGAUAGGGAUUGGUCGGACAAGAGAGACGGGUCCAUGAAAUUCGUGCCUAAAGUUCGGGAUCGCCAGCCAGCCUUCCGGAAACCGAGCUCAGUGAGAGCUAUGCAAAUGCAUACCGAAGAUGAGGAUGAGGACUAUCUCUCGCCGACCAGGCGCCGUGCCACUGGUUAUAGCCCACGACAUUCGGGAAUGACACCAGUGAAGCGGUCACCUUGCCACUCGCCUUACGGUUCUGCGCAUAAACCGAAGGUCAAGAAGGAAUAUCCGCUCGUAUUGCUUCAUUGCAACCUCCUGCCACCUUCUCUUUCUCUUCCAGCUGGAAUUGGAAAUCCCACUUCUCAGAUUCUUCAGGAGGUGCUGCCUCUGCGCUACUGGAAACGUUGGAAGUUACUAGAGGAAAAGGUCAUCGGAUCAGGAGUUCUUCGCGAACGCGGUGUCUUGAUAUCUCAUCCGCAAGAUGCUUAUGAUGUGUUGGAGGAGCGACUCCUAGAAAGCUUGGAGCUUGUGCAUCCUAGACUGCGGAAUGGACAUUUCCUGAGUGGCGGGGGAGAUGACACGGAGAAAGAAGACUCCGAGACUGAUACAAAAAUCGACGCUGAGAGUGAAGAGGGUGAAGAAUGUCCCGACUGCGGUGGAUGGGUAGUCGAUCACAAAGACAGCGGUAGGAAAUGGGAGAUUAAGGUCUAUGCGGCCAAUGGCUUGAUGCGCGCCGGGGCAUGGGCUGCCGCCUGGAAGGAAAUGGAGAAGGUGGACGUGGAAGUCAGUCUAUGGCUCCCAUCCAAAAUAAGAAGGGAGCUGGAGAAGAGGUUUCUGGAGGAGCGUGCCAACCGCUCCGAGGAAGAGUUCCGCAAUUCCGAGGAGGAUAAGAGACGCAUCGACCUUUAUGCGGCAGCUCCGACGCUUAUUGACGGGUUUGACGAUACUCCACGGUUCAAUAACGAGCACUUCCAUGUCCCGCAACCAAAGGAUUUGCAGCAGAAUCAGCAAUCGCCCAUCCCUCCUGGAUAUGAUCCUAAGGCGGCCAGAGAAAUCGACCUUCAAACCUUGUUGAUCAAUUAUAUUCGCAUUCUCGCACGUGACAGGCGUAACCUCGUUAUCGCUUUUCUGAGCGUGCUAGUCGUCUUUUUUGCAUUUGGAGCUCAUCCGGCCGGUCGAGAAGUCGCCCGCAUUCAGACAGAAACCGUCCCUGUUGCCGCGGUCAGUGCAGCGCAAUACUCUGCUGUGAGCUACACGCCCUCCUCCCAAGCCCAGCCUAAGAUCGAAACUGUAGUCGAACCUGCGGUUCACGUCAAGUCAGAGGAACCCGUGGCUCAGGCCACUGCAGAACUGAGUGUCGUCUCUAGUCUAUCUGUUUCCGAGAAAGUGGCUUCGAAAGACGAUUAUCCGGAUCCAGUUCCGGCAGUUUUAGCCGUGGAUUCUCCAGUUGAAGCUGGUAUGGAUCAAGUGGAGGUAGCUAUCGAACCGCAACUCCUCGAGCCCGGCAAGGAAUUGCUGUUGUUAGAUGCUUAAAGUCCAACGACGACAGCAAGAUAGAUUUACGAAUCUCGAACCUGAAUACGCAAUUUCCCACUAUCUCUAUUAAUUUGCACAUAUGCCGGUGACAAGGUCUAUGAUAUGAGCGAUUUGUUGAUGAAGGGUGAUGUCAAAUAUCGAAUGACUUUAUGUUCUGGUGCUGUGGAGUUAUCUCGUUGGAAGCAAGACUGUUUCAGAAAUGUAUGUAGUAGCGUUUAACGAUAGUGAAAAGAGCUUUCUAUGGAAUUUCAUCAAAUUGAGUUGAAC